AUGAAGAGAUCGGGCGCCAUGGUCGGCCCUAAGCCGACCAAGGCCUGUGUAAAUUGCCGACGACUGAAGAUGAAAUGCGAAGUAUCCGGACCUCCUCCGUGUCGUCGUUGCCGUCAUACUCGAACAGCCUGUGUCUUCAAGCCCCGGGCCAAUGCAUCUGCGAUGCAUGAGUUAAUGGAAGUACAACAAGAUCAAACUUUUGCUUCUUCGCCAGUGAUCCCAGAUCACCAGUCAAUUCUGAACCGGCUCGCCAGAAUCGAGGCUGCGCUAGGUCUCACCCAGGACUCCGAGGACCCCGAAGACGAAAUCAGCUCGUCUCGUGAGGUGAGCCUCGAAGAAGACGUGGACGCCGUACCACUACAUGGUGUAUGGACGGCGCUUGCGCAUUUACGACUCAUUACUCGUCCGCCUCCAGAUGAAAGUGUCUGGUCGCGAUCCGUCGUUCAACAGCUAUGGAGCUCCUUCUUGAAGAAUCUCCCACUUCUCCAUUUCCUAACAGACCACAGCGCGUUCGCUUCUCCAACCCCUGUCCUGCUUGCUUCUGUGCUUUACAUAUCUGCUCUGCACCAUCCAUUUGCUGGAUUGACAUCAUUGGAGUCGGGAUAUUUUGCCGCUAUUCAUAGCACUAUCGCGGAGCUUGUGACUCCCUGUCUGCACCGAAGUUCCCUGCAGGUAUUAGCGCAGAAGGAGGAAGAGCAAAAUGUAUUCCCACAAUCCAAAAGGGAGAAAGCAUUUCAUGACAUCCUUGGGUUGAUCAUGGCUAGCCUGAGCUGCGAGGCAUAUGUUGAUGCCACAGGCUCGUGGAUUGCAAUGGCAUAUCGCAUCUGGCUUGAUCAUUGUCCCGCAGAGAUGAAUUCCAAUACACAAGACUGGCGGGGCUUAUUCUCUGGUCUUCAGGUCAUUGAUAUCGAACAUGCCUCGAUGCACAUGUCCUAUCCACUCCUCCCACGACAUGCUCCAAAUCCAAAUAUACAACGACUAGAUAACCAUCAAGGAAAUGCUUUUCAGGGUCUUGCAGAAAUGAUGCACUUUGGACUCAGUCAUUUUGUUGGCCGUGGAUUACCGAGCAUAUGGUCUUCUAUCAACACAGACGAGACCGACAUCGUGCCUACCGCUCGGUCACCCUUUACCGAGAAUGAUUUGCAGGUCAUCCGGCAUUGGGCACGGAAACUUGAUGACUGGCUAGUACGAUAUAAUGGCUCAUCCCAGCCUACUCCGUCUGAUCGACAAGGCAUUCUCAUUCUGCUCCAGUAUCACUUGCACAAACUAUAUGUGCUUUCGAUCUAUCAUCCUGCUCGAGGAUUUGAUCUUAGCCCUGCGAAUAUUAGUUCCUUUGAGCGACAUGAAUUGCUCGUUUCGGCUCGGGCAGUCUUGAGGCUGAGGCAAGAUGAUGCGAGCAUAUGGUCCAACUGGGACCUAGUUAUGAUUACAUGGGCGGCCGUUUUACUCCUUCAAGGUGUCGAAGAUGGCAUGACUCACCAAGAUGAUUUACAUCUCAUCCAAGCACACCUCCAAAGCCUAGAACGAAGAAAUCAGUCUGCGCCAAGCAUUCAUACCGUUCUAUUCCAGCAACUUGAGUCUAGCAUGCAAGCCAUGCAUACGCCCCCAGAUACAAGCGUGGCAUUAGCGUUCCCAGGCCCCAGCGCAGACGACUCAUGGACCAUAUUCGACCAAGAGAUAAUGUCUCUUGCAAACCCGCCAUGGUUAUUCGAUGAAUCGACACAGCUACCGCAUAUUCAGAAAACCUCCACAGUGCACCAAUUACACUCUGGACUUCCGCCUUUCCAAUACGAUGCUGCCAUUUUAGGUACUGCAUCCCAACAAUUUGCACCAAAUUCUUAG